UCGGCCAUGGCCGCGCCGCCCGCGCCCCUGCGCUCCCGGGGCCCCCGCGGCCGCCGCUGAGACCCGGGACCCGCGGCCGCCCGGGAUGCGCCCCGAGGCCACCUCUGCUCCUGCGGGGUGACAGCCGCCACCCCCGCGGCGCGGCCGGCCGGCGCAGAGUGAGGAGCUCGCGCGCCCGCGCUCGGCGCCCCCGUCGCCCGCCCGCCCCGUCCGCGCGCCUCGGGGACCGCGGCGGAGACGCCCGCAGCCUGCCCGGUUCCGCCCGGUUCCGCUGCGCUGCGCUGCGCUGCGCGGCGCGGGUCGCUCCUGCGCCUCCGUCUGGCCCGAGACACCGAGCACGCUGAGCAAGCAGUCGGGAGCCGAAGGAGACCGAGAAGGGAAACCUUCCUGGGUUACUAUGCACUUGCGACUGCUCCCCUGGUUUUUCAUCAUCGUGAACUUUAUGGAACACAUCGGCAGCCAGAACGCCGCCCGGGGACGGCGCCAGCGCAGAAUGCACCCCAACGUCAGCCAAGGCUGUCAAGGAGGCUGUGCGACGUGUUCUGAUUACAAUGGAUGUUUGUCGUGUAAGCCACGACUAUUUUUUGUUCUGGAGAGAAUUGGCAUGAAGCAGAUAGGAGUGUGUCUCUCUUCGUGUCCAAGUGGAUACUAUGGAACUCGAUACCCAGAUAUAAAUAAGUGUACAAAAUGUAAAGCUGACUGUGAUACCUGCUUCAAUAAAAAUUUCUGCACAAAGUGUAAAAGUGGAUUUUACUUGCACCUUGGAAAGUGCCUUGACAACUGCCCGGAAGGGCUGGAAGCCAAUAACCACACCAUGGAGUGCAUCAGCAUUGUGCACUGCGAGACCAGUGAGUGGAGUCCGUGGAGCCCGUGCAUGAAGAAGGGCAAAACGUGUGGCUUCAAAAGAGGAACUGAAACUCGGGUCCGAGAAAUAAUCCAACACCCUUCAGCGAAGGGAAACCUGUGCCCUCCCACGAGCGAGACGAGGAAGUGUACAGUGCAGAGGAAGAAGUGUCAAAAGGGAGAACGAGGAAAAAAAGGAAGAGAGAGGAAAAGAAAAAAACUGAAUAAAGAAGAGGGUAAAGAAGCAAUUCCUGACAACAAAGGUCUGGAAUCCAGCAGAGAGACCCCAGAUCAACGAGAAAACAAAGACAAAUCGCAGCAAAAGAAGAGAAAAGUCCAACAGAAACCGGUAUCCGUCAGCACUGUGCCCUGAAGGGGCCCCAUGAGAUUAGUGUAGACUCUGUUGCUGCUGUCUCCACCAGAUGCCCAGGAAAGGUGCCACAGCCACUGGGACCACAGAUGGAUGACAUAUCAGUUACUCCGCUGUCUAGACAACAUUCCAAAUAGUUGUAUAUUCUUCAUACAGGCAUAGCUAACAACAAAGAGCCGAAAGUUCAAAGAAGGGAUACUCUCACACCGUUAUCGUAUGGGCUUCUUUGCAUUUUUAGAAGAUAAGAUAUUUUGUACAUAAAUAUCAAUAAGCUAUAAGCUAUCAUCAACAUAAUGAUGACAUCCGGAGAAGACACAUCUUUUCCCUAUUUAAAAAAAAUAUUUUUUCCAACUAUUGUUUUUAAGAAGCGAAAGAGAAUUCUGCAAAUUCAAGGAUGCAGUAUCCCUUCAAAACAAAUAAGAGAUGGGGAGAGAAACCUCAUUCCAAGGACAGUGUGGUUUUGUCGGGUAGCUCUUGAGAGCUCAGCACUAGGGCCUGGCAUUUGGAAUUAGAGAAUUUAUCACACAGGAGCAACUUCAUCCUAGAAGUAUUCAGAUGACUUCGAUUGCUCUCAUCCAUGCUUCUGUAGAGCUAUUCUGUGUGGAGUUGGAGGAAGGCAAAGGCAAGGUGGAAGAAAUCAUAGAGUUGGAGACUUCUUUUGCGCCUCACAGAACUGUGAAGGUCGUGAUCACCUGGAACAGAUCUCCAAUGCGUGGCAGCACUACUGGGCCCGCCCCACUGCACCUUGGAUUGUAUAUGUCUGUAAAUGUGUGCCUGUAAUUUUCUUCCAAGAACAGCGCCACACUUAUUAGGAGAAAAUUCUGAUUUCAUAGAAAAAAAUAGAGCAGGGAGAAUAUACCAUGUUUCCAAAAUCAUGUGUUUCCUUUCUCUCUCGGUGAGGGAAAAACAGCUUUGUUUCCUGCUUCCUCGUCCACCUGGGACUGAAAGGCUGCUGCUUUCUAACGCGGUGUGUCAGUAAGACAGAAAGUCACCACAAUAAAUAUAUUUGUUAAUAGUUUUUGAAGUUUGGUUCUUUUUGAAGUUUAGUUCAAGUUUUGUUUUACUGGGGGGAGGGUUUCUUGAGUGUUUUUAGGGACUCAAGAAUUAGAAAAGAUAACUGCGAAAUCAGAGAAGACGUGUCCAAGUGCACAGCAUUUCUUAGUGUUUUUGCCUUUUGAGUCCACCUUUAUCUGAGCCAACAGAGACUUAUUUCUGAACUAUUAGGAGAAAUGUAGUCAACUAACUUUUUUCUUAUUUUAAUCAACAAAAUCCUAAUUAUAGCCUCUCGGCCUACUUAAGGAUUUCAUUGCUUAGAAAUCCAUCAAUAGCCUAGAAAUGAAAAUCUUUUCUUGUAUGUUGGUUCCUCCUGCAUGGUGAACAUUUAGUUUUUUCUUCUCCAAGUUUUCUCAGUCUGUGGAUCUCUUUUGGGGCGGAAGUCACCCUAGCUUAAGGCCUCACCAUUGUUUCACAGAGGACCCUGCCAGCCCAGUACAGAAGGAGGCAUCUCUGAGUGCCUUGCGCUAAAGCCUUCAUGCUCUGAUGGGAGCUCGUGUAGCUGCUCGGUCUGCGAUGGGUCCUAGCCCUCUCAAGACCACUGCUUUCUGGAAAAUUUGCAAUGAAUAUGCCUUUUGUCUGUGCCUGUCUGUGCACCCUUUCUCCAACUGUACUGCCCAUGUGGAUUGCUUGGCCUCAUUGAUUUUCUACAUCUUUUUUUUCCUUUUCCAAGAUAUAAAAAUGUUAAAUGAUGCA